CCGCCCCUGGGCGCGGGUUUAAAAAGGGCGAAGAGAAGCGGUGCCCCGAGCCGCAGCGGGAGCCGCUGAGGCCCAGCAUACACCAUGGUCCGGAGCACGGGGGGCACCCGGCUGCUGGGCGGCUUCCUGCUCUGGGUGUUGCUGGCUGCCGGUGUCGCCCCACUCACCUGGGACCUCCAGGAGGCCCGCAGCCACGCAAGCAAGAUCCGUGUGCACCCGCGAGGCAAUCUCUGGGCCACCGGUCACUUCAUGGGCAAGAAGAGCCUGGAGCCCCUCAGCCCAUCCUUGUUGGGGACAACGCCCCACACCUCCCCGAGGGACCAGCAGCUGCAGCUGAGUCAUGAUCUGCUCAGGAGUCUUCUGCUGAGGAGAGCCCUGGGCAUGACCCUCGGCAGCCCAGCACCCCACACCCAGUACAGGAGCCUCCUGGUGCACACGCUGCAGAAGAGACGCCCGGAACGGGGCAGGGGGCACCACUCGGCUUGGAUUUCGCCCACCUGGCAAAGUGGCUGAAUGGGUCCCCCGGGGUAGUUCCAUCGAGAUGCAAAUCCCGAGCUCCUCCACUGUGAUUUCUGGCCUGGUCGCCAGGAAUAUCCCGGAUGCAGACACAAACUAAGCUCUUGCUGUCUUUCUUGCUUCCCCGGUGAAGUUGUGAAUAAAGCCCUGCUCUUUA